CGUGUGAUUGGCCACGGCGGCGUCGCCAGGGCAACGCGCGAGGGGCUGACCGCUGGGUCCGGGGAGAGGCGCGCGGGACCGAGUGGGACCACUUACCCGAAGUGGCCUCGGGUGGCCGAGGUCCCCCUUGGUGGCUCCAAGAAGACUCCCGGCACAACAAUGCCAUCCCCACUGGGCCCCCCGAGUCUGCCCUCUGUGGACCCCGAGGCCACCCCGGAGGAUCCUGAGGCAGCACGCCAGCGCUUCCGGGGCUUCUGCUACCAGGAGGUGGCAGGUCCCCGCGAGGCCUUGGCCCAGCUCCGGGAGCUGUGCCGCCAGUGGUUGCGGCCCGAGGUGCACUCCAAGGAGCAGAUGCUGGAGCUGCUGGUGCUGGAGCAGUUCCUGGGCGCGCUGCCCCCCGAGAUCCAGGCCUGGGUGCGGGGCCAGCAGCCAGGCAGCCCUGAGGAGGCCACUGUCCUGGUCGAGGGCCUGCAGCAUGACCCUGGGCAGCUGCUGGGCUGGAUUACAGCACACGUCCUGAAGCAAGCGGUACUCCCAGCCACACAGAAGACGGAGGAGUCUGUGGGGAGCUCCCACCCUUCAGGGACAGUGGAGCCCCUAAGGGCAGCCUCUGGGGAGGGGUCCAAGGAUGCCCAGAUGGAGGGGAACACCCAGCUCAGCUGCAGCGUGAAGGAGGAGCCUGAUGGCUACGGGCAGGAGACUGCACCGUCCAGACCCCCACAUCCAGCCCGGUCCCAUGAGGGGCCCGCUGAACAACAGGAACCGACCUCCGUGCCCUUCCAGCCACCCAGGAUUCAGGAGGAGUGGGGGCUCCUGGACCCGUCGCAGAAGGAGGUGUACUGGGACGCGAUGCUGCAGAAGUACGGCACGGUGGUCUCCCUGGGUGAGGACCCCUCUCCUCCGGGUCCUUGCGCACACCUUGCCUCCCGGCGCUUCCCAAGCCGCACCCUGGCCACCCGCCGGGGCCCCCACCCCUGUCCCUCGUUUGUGCGAACCCCUCACGCCCCCGUGCGAGGGCUGGCGCCUGAUGGGCCCCCGACCCCAGCAGGGUUGCCGUGCCCCCUGCCGGAGGCGCGCACUGAGCCGGAGCCGCUGAGCACCGGAUCCGAGGGAGCGACGAGCCUCCUCCCGGGAGGUGAGAGCGAGAGCUCCCGAGAGGGCCGGCCCGGCUGCCCGGAGGCCCCGCCACCCGCGCGGAGCAAGCCCUACAUGUGCGCGCAGUGCGGCCGCACCUUCGACUGGAAGUCGGUGUUCGUCAUCCACCGGCGCGCGCACGCGGGCGGCCCGGGCGCCGAGAAGCAGCCGGUGGGGCCGCCCCGGCGCGCGCUCCCGGGCGCGCGCAGCUACGCUUGCGAGGAGUGCGGCCGCAGCUUCAGCUGGAAGUCGCAGCUGGUCAUCCACCGCAAGGGCCACGCCGGCCAGCGGCGCCACUUCUGCGGCGACUGCGGCCACAGCUUCGACUGGAAGUCGCAGCUGGUCAUCCACCGCAAGAGCCACCGGCCCGAGGCCCCGUGAGCGCUGGCGGGGCAGCCUCGCCGGGGCCCCGGGCCCAGCGGGCCCAGCCCGCCCCUGCUACUCCACUCCGCCGCAGCCUGGAGAACUGGAGGCCGCCCAGGGCAGAGGUCAGAGUCCCAGGAGGGUUCCCCCCUCCCCGCUCAGUCUCCCCCCAAAGCCGCGGCGCCCUUCUCUCCUGUCUCGCCCACCCCACAUUUCAGAGAGAGAGGCCUGGGCUCCAGUGCACCGCCGCACCGGACCCGCGGCGGCCAGGUGACUUCCAGACCCCUUCCUGUGACAUGGUGCAGGCCGGUGCAGAAAGCCCAGGAGGGCACAGCCUGCUUCUGUUUGCAGGCAGGUGGAAGGCUAAAGUCUGUCCACUGUGCGUUUUAGAUUUUUAACAAAUUGCAGUUUUAUCCUGGAGAAGCUUCUGCGUGAGAAUCCUGAUCUCUGGCCUCUGCUGGUCGGAUCAGCAGCCCCCGCCCUUCCUGCCCGGCAGCUGGGGCUUCAGAGCUGCCUGCCCACGAGCAGGGUAGGUGUCCGGCUGACCUGUUCCUCAGCCGCACACAUCACUCCCUGGCCUUGUCCUUCCAGCUGUCGGGUCCCAGCCUGAACGGACAUUAAGGGAACUUCUUUCCAAAUACGGAUGUACAGGCAUGGCGUCUGAGAACAGAU